AUGCAAGUUCAAAUCAAGACUUUGACUGGGAAACGCCAGUCCUUUAACUUUGAGCCAAACAACACCGUUUCUCAGGUCAAGGCUGCGCUUCAGGAACGAGAGAAUAUUGACGUUAGACAGAUUCGACUCAUUUAUUCUGGAAAGCAAAUGUCCGACGAUUUGACUCUAAAGGACUACAAAGUCAUGCCAGGAUCCACAAUUCACAUGGUCCUACAGUUACGUGGAGGUUGA